AUGAGAAACAGGAAAACUUCAGGUGAUCCUGGAGAGACAAACAACAGACAGGUUUCUAUAGUACUUGGAGGACCCGACCUUAGAGACAGGCAACUUGUGAUGAUUUCAGAGAUGCCCACAGUGGAAAGACUUCUUGGAAUUCCACUGCGGGGAGAACUGGCCUCGGAUAACCGAGUACGACCAGCUGUUAAAGAAGUGUGUGACACGUUAUCCAUCCAAGCAACUCUAUUACACUUUUGUGACAGUCACCCUUUUUUUCUUCCUGUUGCCAUAAUGGCUACUGCUUACUCCCUGAUCAUCUGGAAACUGUGGAUUAGUGAGCUUCCCGGGGAGAGAAACCUGGUUAAUAUCACGGUUCAACAUAGGUCAAAGAAAAAGGUUGUUAAACUUGUCGCCGUCGUCUUGAUCGUGUUUGUUUGUUGUUGGACGCCAUUCCAGGUCAUCAUUCUUUAUUCUCAGUUCGGACACUCAAGCAGCUUGACUGGUGAGCUUCCAACAUGGUUUCCGGUUGUCACUUACUUCGCUACUUACUUCGCCUUCUCCAACAGUGCACUGAACCCCAUAAUCUAUGGGGGUUUCUGUAACAACUUUCGUCAGGGUUUAUGUGCUGUUCUUCUGUGUAAGGGUUCCGGACAGUCACUGAACAGACCAG